AGCUGACUUGGAAAGCAGUUUGCUAUUGUGGAUCUGAUGCUUUUCUGAGAAAGAGAGGAGUCGGGACGAGCGGUAACGAACACAGAAACGCAAUUCACAAAACCGCGCGCCAGCUCCCGAGCACUUUGCAGCAGUUAUCUCGCGAGACGACGGGUCCUCGGAGGGCACACGCUCAGUGCCCAGGUUUUGCUUUAGAACUCCAGGGUGCGGAAGGAGUUUGUGGUACAGCCUCUAAUCGCUCCGAAAUCAACCUCCAUUCCAUACGGAAAGCUAGUCCUUGGGCCGCUAUGGAAGGACAGCAGGGGCAAGAAAGCUGCGCAACGCUAGCACUUGCCCAGGCUCACUUCAAGAAGGGCGAGUACGGCGAGGCGGAGGCGCUGUACUCCGCUUACAUUCGGCAGUGCGCCUGUGCGGUCUCUGUCCGCGCGAGUCCCGGGAGCAAAUGCAGCCCUGAGGAUUUGGCUACUGCAUAUAACAACAGGGGGCAAAUCAAGUACUUCAGGGUUGAUUUUUAUGAAGCCAUGGAUGACUACACAUCUGCCAUAGAAGUCCAACCCACUUUUGAAGUUCCGUAUUACAACAGAGGGUUGAUCUUGUAUAGACUGGGAUAUUUUGAUGAUGCUUUGGAAGAUUUCAAGAAGGUAUUAGACUUGAAUCCUGGAUUUCACGAUGCUACUUUGAGCUUGAAACAGACUAUUCUAGACAAAGAAGAAAAACAAAGAAGAAAUAUUGAAAAAAAUGACCCGAAAUGUUAAACUUAAUUAAAAUGCUAAUUCAUGAUCCUUACACCUUCAUCUAGUUGUGUAAUUUAAAAUAAAUACUGAGCUAUUUUUGAUUUACAUUUAAGAUAAAGAGAUUCAUAUAUUAGCACUGAAAUUUAAAUAAUGCACUUAAGGUAGUUAAUUCUAGGUUGAAUAAGUGUUUUUUUAUGAAGUGUAAAUAAAUAAUACCCCUGUAUAAGUGUAUAUGAUUAUAGUAAA